UCGACCGACUGACUUUCCACACAGCCCGGGGAGAAACUGGAAUAUAAUUAGGAUGUCGCCUUGGGAGGUUUGGGAAUUAUCACUGAAUCUGGGGCGAAGACAAAGAAAGUCGAAUACACGAGUUAUUCGUCGUUUCUUUUUUCCUUUUUUCCUUUUUUUUUUUUGACUUCCCCCCCUCUUGUUCUUGAUCCUCUCUACCCUUGGAUCAGGUAGGGAUGGGUUUCUUUGACUGCAGCCGAUGGGAUCAUCAGACCCGUUUCUUUUUCCCUUUUCGUUCCCUUUCUUUCUUUCUUUCUUUCUUUUCUUUCUUCUGCUUGGAAUUCUUUUUUUGGUCCGAUUCUCAAACCAAAACAAGCGAUCCAAUACGAUUGGGACCCGACUCCUGGGUCGACUGGAAGCCCGCGCGAGCCCUAAUCCGGCCCUGCAGAAGGAAAUGGCUGUAACCCGUAACCCACGUCAACGUUUCAGGAUCGAGGAGAACAAAGAAAACCAGGUGCCACCGUCCAUUCCCACGAGGUGGAUCGAAGGAAAAGAAGGGUAAUCGAGAUCAAGGAAGCGAAACGAAGGACGAGGAAUGCAGUGGGACCCGAGCGAGA